AUGUUUGUAUUCUGCUAUCGGGUGUGUGCGACCGAUUACAGAGCGGUUCAGUAUGAAGCUGAGCUGAAGAAGAAGGAACAGGAACGAGAGAAGAAGGAAUCAGAUAUUGCCGAGUUGAACACCAAAUUGAAGCAGGCUCAAACCGAAUGCGAUGAGGUUCAAGAAUCGCUUCAGGAAGCGUUGAACAAAAUGGAAGAGACUGACAAACGGGCAACCAAUGUGAGUUUGUUAUCACCGUAUCGCAAAAUGACGGGCGGGUCUUGUGUCGUGGAGGUUAUUAAGAAGAAGCUGUUGGAAAUGCAGAACGAAAUUGAAAAUUUGAAGACUGAAUUGCUCACGAAAGACGAAGACAUUAAAUUGCAGACAUCGCUCCGCGAAACUGCUGAAGCUGAAGUUGCUGCUAUGACUCGUCGUAUUCGUUUGUUGGAGGAGGAUUUGGAGGUUUCUUCCAGCCGUCUCACAGAAACACUUGCAAAACUCGAGGAAGCAAGCAAAACUGCUGAGGAGAGCGAGCGAUCCUGUCGAAGCGUUGAAAAUCGGUUAAACACUUACGACAAGAAUGUAGAGCUGUUGGAAAGGACAGCUAUCGAAGCUAAGUUCGCUGCCAACGAAGCAGAGCGUAAAUAUGAGGAGGUAAUAAUUGGCUUCACCAAUUAUCUUUCUGCUUGCAAAAAUUCCCCCUUUCUCGCAUGGGUUACUCACAUUGAGCGAAAGGACUUAGAAGCCCGUUCUAUUGCUGAUGACGAACGGCUCAGUCAACUAGAAGAUCAGCAGAAGGAAGCCAAGUACAUUGCGGAGGAUGCUGACAGAAAAUAUGACGAGGCUGCUCGCAAACUUGCCAUCGUCGAAGUCGAUUUCGAGCGUGCCGAAUCUCGAUUGGAAGCCGCUGAAAGCAAAAUCGUCGAAUUGGAGGAAGAACUUCGGGAGGUUGGCAACAACAUGAAGGCUCUUGAAAUUUCCGAACAAGAAUCCGCCCAACGUGAGGAGAGCUACGAGGAGACCAUCCGGGAUCUGACCGAACGCCUGAAGGCUGUGAGCAUCAACUAUGCAAGGCUCUCGCAUGUAUUGCCUGACCCCGAUCCGUGGAACGAAAUGCAGUUUGCUGCCCCUUUCACUUGUGUUGUGUAUUCUGACUAUACCCGUCGGUUCGCACAACCAAACUACAGUCGUCGAUAUGCUUUUUCUCAUCCACUCGAACAGAAUAGUUGCCGUUUAAAAGAUGGCGUCAGGGUUUCUGUCGAACGGGAAAAAGCACUAGAAGAACGCGCGGCAAAAUUGCGUCAACACGUCGAAGAAAGCAUUUGUGGCAUCUUAGCCGGGGGUAUUCGACCUUAUCAGAGCAUGCCAAUGCAUGAUUUGCGAGCCCCUUUCGCAUGGUCUAUGCAACCGAUCAUUGGAAGACAUGCAUCAAGUAGUUUAAAACAAACGCGAUUUUCUUCUUUACAGGCAGAGCAACGUGCCGCUGAAGCUGAGCGACAGGUCUCCAAACUUCAGAAUGAAGUUGACCACUUGGAAGACGAUCUCCUGGCCGAGAAAGUCCGCUACAAGGAUCUCAGUGGCGAGCUGGAUCAGACUUUCGCCGAACUCACGGGGUAUUAG